GUCAGAAGAGCCCUAAUUUAACAAUAAGACUUGAGAUGAUUCAUGUUCCGAGGGUGCUGGAGUUCUCCAAUUUUGAAAACAUUAAUUCUACCUCCCCCACAUCCUCUGAUCAAGACCUGAAAUCUGUGCCUGCAGGCAGAAGGCAACGGACCCAUUCCUCUUAUAGCCCAGAGGACAGUAACAAUAAUGAUUUGCAGGUAAAAAAAGAGGAAACCAGCCUACGUCCUCGCUCAAGGUCUUUUUACUCUUAUGAAUCAUCUGAGCUGCGCUUUGACUAUGACCCGGGAAACUCUUCACGAACCAGUCAGCUGAGAUGUAAAGAAAGCUCAUUAUUCAGGAAUCAAGUAUCCAGAAAUGAGGACAGAAAAAAGUAUGGGUCUGGUGUUCAAGUCACCCCUAAGAGAGUCAAGUCCAAACCAAGCAAGCAUUCAAAAGAUGCCUCUAGAGUCCAUGUCAAGUCAGUAUUCAUGAUGACCAUCUCUGAGUUGGACAACUGGGAGAUUUGCUCCAGCUCUGGAAUGAAGUAUGGACAGUUUGUGGACUGGGAGAAGAUUGAUCCUGAAGCAGCGAUACGAUACCAGCAGAUCCUGAAGAGUAGCCACCAGCAGUUGAAAACUAUGGGCCGUGAGGGGUUCUGGGCCAUGCCACACACACUGAGGGCCAAAGCGUAUUAUCACAUCAUCCACAGCAUCAAUUCCAGGGCUGUCGCUCCAGACAGAGAUGUCUACUAUGAGCUGGCCAAAAAGCUUUUUGGGGAGCAAAAAAAGAGCAACCAUCCAGUCCCUGAGUACAUGGAAGAUGGAGAAAUACCCAGAUACUGUCUCAACAAAGCAGGCUUAAACUCUGUCAGAAAGAUCCUUCUUUGCAUUGGCGACUACUUCCCAGACAUGAGCUUCUGUCCCAUCCUUCCUGCCUUGGUCGCGCUCAUCCUCCAUUUCAGCGAGGAUGAAGCUGAAUGUUUCUACAGUGUGUCCCGACUUAUCUGCUACAAAGAUCCCAAUAAGCGUUACAUUGACCAGACUUUCCUCACCUACCGUGCUUCCUGCAUGACAUUCGGGGACCUUGCCAACAGGUGUUGCAGAGGGAUUCGUAAGCUUAUCGCCAGCUCUCACCAGAACCUUUUUGAGUUUUACUCUGACUGGAUCAUGUGGAUUUUUGCGGACCUUCCAUUCACAUAUGCCAUCAGAGUUUUGGAUGUUUACCUCCUGGAAGGCUACAAGGUUCUCUACAGGGUGGCAUUGGCUUUGCUCGAUCUCUACAAGGUAUCUGUGUCAUCUCGAGUGGCAGAUGUGGAGGAUUUCAGAACGGACAUGAAAAGUUUCGUGCAGAACGUAUCUCGCCACUGCACGGCCGAGAAACUCUUUGAAAAAGCCUUUAUGAUUCCAAUAGCUACACGGAGAGAGCUUAACCUCCUGUUUAAUGCCAACAAGAAUUUCCUGAUGCAGAGAGGCGUUGGCGCAUACCAAAAGAGGCAGACAGUGGGGCCUGUUGACUUCCACAAAUUCAGCUCUGGCGUUGUAACAGAGACGGAGAUGAGGGUCGUCUGGGCCUGGAUCCCAGAGCGUUUUGCCCUGUUCAGUCCCGUUAGGUUGUUCAGUUCAGCUGAACACGGAAGAAGUCUGGCCUCACUCUAUUCACGUGUGGAAGGACAUGAACCAGCAGUCCUGAUGAUUAAAACAGUGGAUGAAGAGGUGUUUGGUGCAUUCUUGUCAACAGACUUAACAGAAAGAAAAAAGCAGGACUCUGAGGGACUGACAUAUUUUGGAACUGGGGAGUGUUUUGUUUUUACGCUCCGACCCAGCAUGGAGCGCUAUCAGAGGGCCAUGAUCAAUAUUAUGACCCCAAGAGCUUCCCCUCAGCAGGUCCAAAUCAGCAUCAACGCCUCCACUCAGGUGUCUAAUAGUGGGAACCCCCCAUUUAUCACCACAACUUUGACUUGUCCAUCUGGGACCCAUAAGGAUCCCAGCUACCUCACAAUCCCUUUUACUGCACCAUCAGAGGAUCCCAUGACUGCCAAAGAACCCAAGAGACCAAAGGAGCAAGAGGCGUCCAUGUUCCUGGCAGCCAAUGACAGUCAGCUGAUUAUUGGUGGUGAUGGGGGCCACGCUCUCUGCUUGCGAGAAGACUUAGACGGAGGAUACACUGAACCUUGUGACACAUUCAGAAGCAGCUCCCUCUGCAAGGGGCCUUUCCAGAUCCAGGCUGUAGAAGCAUGGGGCAUCCAGAGCUCUGCUUACUUCUCUCAGUGUUUUCCCUCACAGUAAAAUAUCACAAACAGCUUAAUAAGUGUGUUUUUAGUCAUUACCGGGCCAGUUUUUGUUGAUAAUAUUUAAGUAAACUUGAUUUGUAUGCAAUUUGCCAUUAUACAUUUUGUGAAAUAUAAAUUUAUACAAAGAUUACAAAGCAGUUGGAUGAAGACUGAUACAAAAAAUUGGGUAUCAGCUAGAAAAAAAAAAGCUUUUCUUAACUCAGAGCUCCAAAUGCUAUAAACUGUUCAGCACGUGUUUUACUUAUGAGGUGUGUAUCUACGAUACUAAUAAGAUGUAUCUAUUGAUUGCCACAGUUGUGUAGAAGUGGAUGACAUACAAAUGGGAUACUACAUUGGACAAAAAAAAAAAAAAAGCAACACUAUAUCAACCACAAUAAUGCAUAAAAAUGUGUAAUGAUGAUUCACUUUAGUGAUUAUUUAUCUAUAAUUGAGUUCUAAUUUAUUUUGGACAUGUAAGCAAGACAAGCACCCUCUCCCACAUCACUCUACCAACUGUAAAAGCAGAGCAGGUAUUUAAUCUAAAAUUGUUUUUCCUUUUGAAAAAAGAUGUUUGUGUAACUGCAUAUUCUAUUGCGGCAUCAUCAUAAAAACAAAUAAAUAAAAAUUACGUAAA